ACCACAGUGCCUGCUUUUUCAAUCCUUCCAAACGUUUUUUAUUUUUUGGAGUAAAUGGUUGGAAACAUUUGUUCAGCGAAAAGAGAGAGGUUGUGCUGUGCUGUGAUAUGAGAGAGUUACUUCCUGCAGAAGCUUCUGUGUGGAAUCUAUAAAACAAUUAUGGGGAAAGGAGAAGAAUAAAUAGAGAGAGGAAGAAAGAGAAACGGUUUAAUUUUAAAUUAGUGGUGAUUGAUUUCUAAGAAAUCAUCAAAAGGGGUGUCGUGGCACCUUUGUUCUUCUACUUAGCCGAGAUUCUGGAAAAUCAAAAUCUCCACGUAAUCUGCUUGUAACAAUUUUCUUCUUUAUCACUCUAAGAUUUUUGGCUUACCCUUUCCCUCAACAAACAAACUAACCAACUGUUUGUUGUUCUAUUUUCUCAAUUUUGUUAUGUAUGCGCUGUAUGUUGUUGGAUUCUGACUUUUCUUCAGGAACCUGGUUCUGGGUUGAGUAUAAUUCGGGUUUUUUCUUCGCGGUCGUUUUUGGGUUUGAUAGUUUCGUCUCUUUUGGGGCAUUUUUUUCACAGUAGCCUCUUGAUGAAAGGGUAUUUUAGUCUCCACCUCAUUGUUUCUCACGUGGGUCUGUUUUCUGGAUUGGGUUGCUGUUAACUAGGGUUUUCGAGGGGAUCCGAGGUUAAAGUUUGUGCCUUUCCACGAUGUAUGUGCAAAGUUCAGCUAUUUUGCAGUGUUGAUUGAUUGAUUGAUUUGAAAUUUCAAGUUUCGUGUCUUUGGACGAAAAUUUUGUCCUUAUUCUUUUUCUAUAUAAAAUUUCUGGUGUAGAGUGAAAGAUUGUGUGGUCGGAAAGAGAUUAUGCUUGGGUUUACUUUGGUGGUAUUGUGUUUCAACUAUUGGUGAGGGUUUGAUUUGAACCCUUUGUUUGGUUUCCUUUAUUGGUGGAGGAAGAGGUUGUGAUUGUGUUUGGGGCUUUGUUUGUGUUGAUUGGUGGAUAAGAUGAGUUCCAGCGUGACUGGAAGUUUAGUCCAUCAGGGCCAGCUGCUGGUUCAUAUUGCUGAGAAUGGACACUCCUUUGAGUUGGAUUGCAAUGAAAACACACUUGUUGAAGCAGUUAUGAGGUCCAUUGAAAAUGCUACUGGGAUCAAUCUCAGUGAUCAGCUUGUACUUUGUUUGGAAAUGAAGCUCGAGCCACAUCGCCCUCUCUCUGCAUACAAGCUUCCAUCUGAUGACCAGGAACAGGAAGUGUUCAUAUUCAACAAAGCAAGGCUUCAGAACAACUCGCCUCCUCCACCGCUGGAGCAGGUCGAUAUUCCCAGUCAUUUGGAGCCUCCAUCGCCGGCCUCCUCCCAUGAUCCGCACCCUCUUGAUGAUGCUUCAGAUCCUGCUUUGAAGGCUCUGCCUUCUUAUGAGCGGCAAUUCAGGUACCAUUAUCAUCGGGGGCAUGCGAUUUAUUCUAGUACUGUGAUGAAGUUUGAGCAUUGUGAGAGGCUUUUGAGAGAACAGAUGGUCCAAGAAAGAGCAGUGGAGGUUGCAAGGGGUAAUUUGGAUCAGUACUAUCGAAUGAUUAACCAAAACUAUGGGGACUUCAUGAAACGUUAUAUGCAACAACACAGGAUGCAUUCUGAUCUUUUGGUGAAUUUUGGAAAGGAUGUUGAGAAACUACGAUCGAUCAGACUUCACCCUGCUUUACAAACUGCUAAUCGCAAAUGCUUACUGGAUUUGGUCAAGGAAGAAAACUUGAGGAAGUCAGUGGAGAAUUGCACUAGCUCCCACAAGCAGUUUGAGAAUAAAGUGUCACAACUUAAGCAGACCUUUGGGGAAGUGAAGCGACGGUAUGAGGAAUUGUUGUCCAGCAGGGCUUUCUUGCCCAUCAAUAAUCUAGAACAAGCAAUUAAAGAACACCAGAAAUAUAUAAAUGAACAAAAGAGUAUCAUGCAAUCUCUGAGCAAGGAUGUUAACACUGUAAAGAAACUAGUAGAUGAUUGUCUAUCCUCCCAAUUGUCCUCCUCGCUUCGUCCUCAUGAUGCUGUUUCAGCCUUGGGUCCCAUGUAUGAUGUUCAUGACAAAAACCACUUGCCUAAAAUGCAGGCUUGUGAUCGCGCUAUUUCAAAGCUACUUGAGUUCUGCAAGGAAAACAAGAAUGCAAUGAAUCUCUUUGUGCACAAUUACAUGCAAAACAUAACUUACAUUUCUUAUCUCAUCAAAGAUCAGAAGCUACAGUUCCCUGUUUUUAAAGAGGCAAUGGCUCGUCAGGAUGGAUUGUUUGUGGAUUUAAAGUUGUUCCAUGGUAUUGGUUCUGCAUACAGAGCUUGUCUUGCAGAAAUAGUGAGACGAAAGGCUUCUAUGAAGCUAUACAUGGGCAUGGCUGGGCAAAUGGCUGAAAGGCUUGCUAUAAAACGGGAGGCUGAGCUCAGGAGGCGGGAGGAGUUUCUGAGGGUUCAUAGUUCAUGCAUUCCUAAAGAUGUAUUAGCAUCUAUGGGCUUGUUUGACUCUCCUAACCAAUGUGAUGUCAAUAUAGCUCCAUUUGACGGUAGUUUGCUUAAUAUUGACAUAUCAGAUGUGGAUCGUUAUGCUCCUGAAUAUCUAACAGGAGUAACCUCCAAGCUGGAGAAGCAUGGAAGCUUUAAAGGUUCAUCUGCUUUGAGUAGUGAUAGCUCUCACUUGGCUGAGGCUGUAGGUAUUACUGCUGACUCAAUUGAGAGAUAUGAUUCUGAGGAUUUGCUUGAUGGCAGUGAGCUGAUUGAAAUUGCUGGAACCUGCAAGUUGGAGGUUGAGAAUGCAAAACUGAAAGCUGAACUUGCUGCUAGAAUAGCUUUAAUAUGUUCUCUCUGUCCUGAGGUAGAGUAUGAGUCACUGGAUGAUGAAAGGGUGAAUAGUAUACUGAAGAAUGCAGCAGAGAAGACAGAAGAAGCCUUGCAUUUGAAAGAUGAAUACAUUAAACAUUUUCAAUCCAUGCUUAAGAUGAAGCAAAUGCAAUGUGUGUCAUAUGAGAAACGUAUUCAAGAAUUGGAGCAGAAAUUGUCUGAUCAGUAUGUGCAGGGGCAGAAGAUGUCCAGUGUAAAUGAUGCAGCUGACUUUCCCCUUGUAGCUGGGAAGACAGAUAAUCGCAAGUCAGAAUAUAUCAGUGGUGAAGCCCACAUGCCUUGCAUAUCUACUACUGAGCCCAUGGAUGAGGUUUCAUGCAUCUCUAGUUCUUUGGAUGCAAAACUUGGUUUGUUCAGAGAACAUACUGGUAAAGCAUUAGAUGGGGUGGACGAAAAUAUGUUGGAUUCCUCUGGAGUUCAGAACCCACAGUUGGAUUCAUCUAUGAUGGAGCCUCAUCGUGAAGAAGCACAAAGUGCUGAUAAAGAUAAAAAAGACAAGAUAAUUGGACAAUCGGGCAUGUCGCUAACAAACAGUUCUACUGGUGAGAACAUGCCUGUGUCACAUGAUCUUGUACCUUGUGACUCGGCAGUUAGUCAAGACUUGGAAUCUAAAGUAAAUGAUGACAAGGUUUUGGAACUACAAAGUGCACUUGCAGAUAAGUGCAACCAAUUGAAUGAAAAUGAAACCAAACUUAAAACUGUUAUGGAGGAGGUUGCUGUGCUCAGAAGGGAGUUGGAAGCAAGUCAAAAACUACUUGAUGAAUCUCAGAUGAAUUGUGCUCACCUGGAAAAUUGUUUGCAUGAGGCAAGAGAGGAAGCGCAGACACAAAAAAGUUCUGCUGACAGGAGGGCUUCGGAGUAUAGCUUACUACGUGCUUCUGUUAUUAAAACACGAAGCUUUUUUGAAAGACUCAAAACCUGUGUUUAUUCUACUGGUGGUGUGGCUGGAUUUGCAGAUUCCCUGCGUAAUUUGGCACAAUCUUUGGCCAAUUCUGCUAAUGACAGAGAUGAUGAUGAUAUUGCUGAAUUCCGUAAAUGUAUCCGAGUACUGGCCGAUAAAGUUGGUUUCUUAUCUAGGCACCGUGAAGAGCUGCUCGAGAAGUACACAAGAAUGGAAGCUGCUAACGAACAGCUUCGGAAAGAAUUGGAAGAAAAAAUAGACCAGGUCAAAACUUAUUACAACAAGCAUCAACUUGAGAAGCAGGCAAACAAAGAGAAGAUUUGUUUUGGUUGCUUGGAAGUUCACGAGAUAGCUGCCUUUGUGCUCACUCCAGCAGGGCAUUAUGAGGCGAUUACUAGGAACUGUUCUAACUACUACUUAUCUGAUGAAUCUGUAGCCCUGUUUGCGGACCAUCUUCCAACCAGACCUAACUACAUUGUUGGACAAAUCGUGCAUAUCGAACGCCAAGUCGUGAAGGCGCCGCCUCGGCCUGAGCAUGGUAGGACUGAUAAAUUUACCCCUGACAAGGGGACUGACUGGUUGACCUUGAAUUCAGGCUCAACUCCAAACCCAUACGGUCUCCCUGUUGGCUGUGAAUAUUUCCUAGUGACAGUAGCCAUGUUACCUGAUACCACCAUUCAUUCAUCCUCUCCUUCCUGAUCCUGCUUCAUCCUGGCAGAUUAGACGUGAUGGAAGAAUUCAAUUGUAAAUAGAACUACAUUCAAAGUCCAAAUGCUCUUUAUGGCCUUUUGUACAGCUGAUGAACCAAUUUAGUUUCGAUCUCCCUCGUGUACAUAUUUUCUACCUUUUAUGACAUUGUAUAAAUUGUGAAUAUUAUUUACAACUUGUUUAUUUGGACAUUUGCUAUUUUCAUCUUAUUAAGUUGUCACAUUUGAUUGG